UCAAAGACAGGCAGAAUCAGAAUUACGUAAAAGCAGCGGGGCAUUGUUGCAACAUCACUGAGAAGCUAAUUAAGAUCUGAUGAAGCAUAUAAAAACCAGCAAACGUAAGGCAUCAGAUGCCCAUCUUAGUCGAUGGAAAACACCUCUUUUGAUGAAUAAACCUCUUCUUUAUUAUCCCUAACCAAUCUCUUCUCUGCCCUUCACGGUGUCUCGUGCUUCAUCUCUACCCGAUCCUCUCCACCCUCUGUCCAGAUCUCUCGCGAAACAAACGCUUAACCCGCAACUUCCGUAGAUCACUAGAUUUUGGUCGCGUUGUAUUGGUUAGCCAUGGCCAUGGCCAUUGAUCAUGUCGCCAUGAUGGAGUUUUCAGGCCACAGCGGCACCACCACCGAUGAGCUCGGUGGUGGCUGCUGCGACUGGAGUGACUGGUCGCCGAUGGUUGACUGGGACGCCGUCCCCGGCAGCCGCGGCCGCGAUGGCUUCCAUGACCUCAUGGAGUCCAUGUUGGAAGACGGGACUGGGCCCGGCCAGCACCACCUACCUCCACAGUGGUGCGACUCUCCUCCUUCCGUGCACACCGUGAUUAACGACAUGGAAGGCGACGAGACCGACGGCCACGAUUUCAAGGGGCUGAGGCUAGUCCACCUUCUGAUGGCCGCGGCUGAGGCGCUGAGCAGCAAAGGCGAGAACAGCGAACUGGCUCGGGUGAUAUUGGUUCGGCUCAAGGACUUGGUCUCCCCGGCCUCUGGCGGCGACGGGACCAACAUGGAGCGGCUCGCAGCGCACUUCACCGACGCGUUGCACGGCUUACUGGAGGGUGCGGGCGCGGCGUCCUCCGGUGGCGGCGGGAAGCACUCGAUUCGUGGCCUGCCCCACCGUGAAGAAGGGUGUUACAGUCAAACGGACAUGCUCGCGGCGUUCCAGCUGCUGCAGGACAUGUCGCCGUACGUCAAGUUCGGGCACUUCACGGCCAAUCAGGCCAUUUUGGAGGCGGUGGGUCAUGAUAGGCGGGUCCACGUAGUGGACUAUGACAUAAUGGAGGGGGUCCAAUGGCCCUCCCUAAUGCAGGCCCUCGUCUCUCAAAAGGGCGGCCAGUCGGCCCCACACCUCCGGAUCACGGCACUCUCAAGGGCCAGCAGCGGACGCCGGACUGCCACAACUGUUCAGGAGACAGGCCGCCGCCUGGCAGCGUUCGCAGCUUCGCUUGGGCAGCCCUUCUCGUUCAACCAGUGCAGGCUGGACCCGGGCGAGACAUUCCGCCCUGCCGCCCUCAAGCUGGUCCGGGGCGAGGCGCUGGUCAUCAACUGCAUGCUGCACCUGCCUCACUCCACCUACCACGCGCCUAGCUCGGUCGCCUCGUUCCUGUCCGGGGCCAGGGCCCUGAGCCCAAGGCUGGUGACGCUGGCGGAGGAGGAGGCGGGGCCCGGGGGAGGCGGCGGCGGAGGGUUCGUGGGCCGGUUCAUGGACUCGCUGCACCACUACUCGGCCGUGUACGACUCGCUCGAGGCCGGGUUCCCGAUGCAGGACCAGGCUCGGGCGCUGGUGGAGAGGGUGUUCUUGCGCCCGAGAAUAGCCGGGUCGCUGGCAGGCGUGUACCGGGCCAGGCAGGGCGAGGAGGAGGGGUCGGGGUCAGGGUCGGGGAGGGGCCGCUCUUGGGGGGAGUGGCUGGGUGCGGAGGGGUAUAGGCCGGGCAGAGUGAGUUUUUCAAAUCACUGUCAAGCGAAGCUCUUGGCGGGUCUGUUCAGCGACGGGUACAGGGUGGAGGAGGUCGCCGGAAACAGGCUCGUUCUAGGCUGGAAAUCUAGGCGUUUGCUCUCUGCUUCCAUUUGGACCGCUUCCUCUGAUGAUCCCGAUUCAUUCAAUUAGAACAGAACUAUCAUUCUGCCGGAAAGAAAAUUCGUAUGAUGAUCGUCAUCAUUUGCUCCUCCUUUUUUGUCUGGGAGCGAGGAAGAAAAUAUCGAAGUCACUUUUAUGUGAGACCAGCUCUCUUUUUUCUUAUCUUUCAUGAUUGAUGAUCAUGCGAGAACUAAGCUUUAAUAAUAACUUGAAACAAGGUUGUCCAGGGGAGAUGAAUGUCGUUCGUUGCA